AGAUUCCUCUCCCUCGCUCCCCACCCAACCCGAGAGGAUCCUCCCCGCAGCCGGGACCCAGUCUCCUUCCCACCCAGUCCCCUUCCAACCCAGCCCCGCCUCGCCGCCAAUCCCCACCCAGUCCCCGGGCCCGUGCCGGGCGCUGUCACUCACCAAAGAAGGAGUCACGCAUUGGCAACUUCUCCUGAGUCCAGGAUCAGGGGUGCGAGCCGGGCCGGGCAGGCACCGCGCGCCGCCUCCACUGCCGUCGGAGCCCGGGCAGCCUCUGCGCCCGCGACCCCGGUCCCGCACGCGGAGCCGGAGCGGACGCCGGAGCCGCAGCUGCCCCAUGGAGACGCUGGGGAGCAACAGCAGCUGUGCGAACGGCUCCCUGAUCACCCUGUAUUGCUCCUCCCAACAAGUCCUGUGCCAGAUUGUCAGUGACUUUGAACCUGACAGCUCAAACAACAUCACCUUGAGCAGUUGGCAAGAGAAAGUCAAGAAGAACUAUGGCUUCUUCAUUGGAGUGGGUCUGGCGGUCUUCUCCAGUUUCCUCAUUGGCAGCAGUGUCAUUCUUAAGAAGAAAGGCCUCAUUCGGCUGGUAGACAAGGGUGCAACUCGAGCUGUGGAUGGAGGUUUCGGCUACCUCAAGGAUAAAAUGUGGUGGGCCGGAUUUGUCACCAUGGGUCUAGGUGAAGCUGCCAACUUUGGGGCCUACAUAUUUGCUCCUGCAACAGUCGUCACUCCACUGGGAGCGCUGAGUGUGCUUAUAAGUGCCAUGAUGUCAUCUUACUUCCUGGGAGAGCGACUGAACCUGUUGGGGAAGUUGGGCUGCAUGAUCUCCAUAGCGGGCAGUUCGGUGAUGGUGAUUCAUGCCCCCGAAGAAGAGAAGAUCAAGACAAUGAAUGAAAUGGCUUCAAAGCUGAAGGACACAGGCUUUAUUGUGUUUGCUGUGCUCCUAGUGGUGAGCACUCUUAUUUUCAUCUUCAUCAUUGCUCCGCGCUAUGGACAGAAGAAUAUUCUCAUUUAUAUCAUCAUCUGUUCUAUGAUGGGGUCCUUCUCCGUAUGUGCUGUCAAAGGCAUGGGGAUUGCCAUCAAGGGCUUCUUCCAGGGACAGCCAGUUCUCCACCACCCUCUUACAUAUUGCCUUGGGGUGAUCUUGGCAACUUCCAUCCCCAUACAAGUCAACUUCCUGAACAGGGCUCUGGAUAUCUUCAAUACCUCUUUAGUGUUCCCCAUCUACUACGUGACCUUUACUAGUAUGGUCGUCACCUCCUCCAUCAUCCUCUUCAAGGAGUGGAACAGCAUGUCAGUUGUGGACAUUCUGGGCACAAUUUCGGGUUUUGUUACAAUUAUCCUGGGGGUGUUCUUGCUCCAUGCUUUUAAGGACCUUGAUAUAACCUGGGCAAACCUCCCCCAUACUUACAAAAAUCCAGUCCCACCUCCCACUCCUGAACCCACAAUCAUCAAGCUGGAAGACAAAAGCAUCCUUGUGGACAACAUAGAACUGCCCAUACCUGAGGAGAAACCCAAAGUCUUCACAAUCCACACUUAAAAACUUUUAAGUGUUAUAUGAGAGGAUGCAUUCUAUUAGCCCAUCUAAUCCCAGAACAAUCUAGUGAUUUCAAAUAUUAUUCAAGAGGCAGGAUGCCCUUGUCCUAACAGUGUGGCUUUAUACCUCAUUAAUAUUUCCAGGAGAAAGUAAUUUCCAAUUGUGUAGGACUUGGUGACAUCCUGACUUCCUGGAAACACAGACUCAAUGGCCAUACUGCAUGGUUUGUAUUGGUGCACUAUCCCUUCUUUUCCCACAGUCCCUCAGGUCUCUUCAAAGACUUUUAUUUUUGCCUUCUACCUUCCAUGCCUAUGGCAGUUGCCUAUGUUGGCAAGUGGGGGAGAGAACUUGACCCUUUGAAUGUAUUAGAGUCCAAAUGAUUCUGUGGGGUGUUGUAAAAUUAAGUACUGGCUCCAUCAUAAGGAUGCAUAAGCUAUACCAUUCCUCACCCUGGUACUGCGACAUGCUGGAUCUGAAUGGGAUGAGUAAGGAUUCCUUGCCCAAACUUCAUAUGGAAAUCAUUUGGACUGUAGUGUAAAAGUUCAAUAUUUGCCAGGCCAUCUUUAGAUCCUUGCUUCUCCCUUCACUUCAGUGUUACCCCAAAGAGAUGAUAGGUAGAUACCAAAGGUCUAAACCAUGUUGAGGGUAACUAACAGGCCACAAACUUCUCCAUGAAUUAGGAGUUUAUUUACCCCAAGUAAGUGAUGACUUCCCCCAAUGGAAUUUGUUCCAGUGGCCAUGAAGAUGAUGAAGCAGGUGCUGUGUUGUAUUUAGGACUUGGUUGGUCAGACAUGGAAGACACCAUGGUCACCCACUGCAUGUUGGGCCAUUGCCAGUCAUCCUGACUUUUGUCCUGCCACUGGAUUUCAAUGACUUUGGAAGAGAGAAUGAGGUUGACAACUUUGUACAGCUCUGUCUCACUUAGAUCCAAUUAACUUGCAAGUCAAGAGAGCAUCUGUGAAGUCAUUGAUCCUGUUUGAAUCAAAAGACAAACAACUCAAGAAAGAUGGAUCUCCACUUGAUUUUGCUCUGAGAAAGUCAC